AUGUUAGGUCGGAGGCGAAAGACAGUGGGGGGCCCCGACGGAGGGGCCUCGGGAUGUAUCUCCAGAGCGCGUUGGCGAGAGGAGUUUGAGAAGGGAGACGCGCCAGUGCUCCCCUCCCUCAGUGAGGAAGACCUAAAGCUGCUGCAAGAAGAUGAAGAGCAGCAACAGCAAGAGCAGCAAGAGGAGAAGCAAGAGCAGGAGCAAGAGCAAGAGCAAGAACCGCAGCACCAGGAGCCUCGGAAGAAGAGGAAGAGGUUCGAGUGGAUGGACUCUGAUGAUGAAAGCGUGACGGCCAGCAGCAGCGAUGACGACGAGCAGCAGCCGCAACAACAACAGCAGCAAAACCAGCAAGUACAACGGGAUUCUUCAGACAUGUCGCGCAGCCCGACCCCCGAAUCAAGCAGCAGGGAACCGCCAGUUUCCCCUGUUGGUUCAGGAUCUGGUAGAGGCAGCAACAAGGAGAGCAGCAGCAGCAGCAGCAGUGUAUCCCCUGGGGCGCCUUUUGGAGAAAGGAACAGCAGCAACAGCAACAGUGCCAGUUUUUUGAGUUGCGGUGUAUCAAUGUUGGAUGAGCUGUCUGUGGAACAUCAGAUGAGGGUGACAGCGGUUUUUUUGACUAAUCUGCCUUUUGAGGUGUCUGUUGAGAAGAUAAAGAGUUGGUUUUCUUCUUGUGUUUCGAGCGCAGUUGUGGGGUUGCAGCGGCUAUCUCCUCCUCCGACAGCAGGAGCAGGACCAGCAGCCUCUCCAUGGAGGCAGCAACGCGACCACUCGGGGCGUCUCUUUUUGCUGCUGCAAACAGCGCAGGAAGUGCGUAAAGCUCUGCAGCUGCUGCAUGCAGCCCCACCGCUCCACGGCCGCCGCGUUGCUGCUUUCCCUGCCUACACACUCGAAGGCCGCGCCUUCCCUCUGCAGACCCCGACGCAGCUUCGCUUCUUUGCUAAGCAACCCCUCCAGCAACUCAAACACAGGUCGAGAGACAGACAAAAAUUCAAACCCAUCGACGGAGGGUGUGUCUGGCUUCCCUAA